AUGUCUGCGCAUGUGCAUCUCCGUGUCUCAUUAACAAAUGACCAAAAAUUUGGUGGCGCCUUCCGUCAAUAUCUGAUCAGGAAGAAAAAUGGCGGUUUGUUGAAGAUUCUUUCAUUUUGGCAGGACGUGAAUGACUAUGGGUCGGGGGAUACGAAAACCACUGACCGACACAUUCGGCAGGGGCAAGCUUGGGAUAUUUAUCACAAGUAUAUCGGCAACCACGAUAAACCAAACAUUGAAAUUUGCAACAAAGUAAGAGACACAAUUUACAACACCCUCUUGAAUACCAAGGAUUUCGUGUCGGCUUCCAUUUUCAACCCAGUCAAAGAGGAAGUUGUUUUUCGCUUGGAGGCAGCUUGGAAACGAAGUCUUCAAGAAGAUCUAAAAAACUAUUUGGACUGCAAGACCCGUGCCCAGGGAGGAACGCCGCCUUCCAGUGCCGAUGCUAUUGACGUCUCUUUACAGGACGGGAAACUGGUGAUACGGAGACCAAAUCCUUGGCUAAAGAGGUGA